GUUGCAGCCAGAUGUUGCAGAGACCUGGAGCGUAAGCGAGAGGUUACAACAUGAAAGCAACCACAGUUUUAUUACUGGUCCUAGUGGCAGGUAUCCAAGCUGGAACCUAUUUGGACCGCUUUAAAGAACAAUACCAAAAAAUUCACAAUUCCGCUAAUGGAUACUUCUCCAAAGAAGGUGUACCAUACCACUCCAUCGAAACUUUAGUCGUUGAAGCCCCUGACUAUGGUCACGAAACUACCUCAGAAGCCUACUCCUAUUACGUAUGGUUGGAAGCCAUUAACGGUUAUGUCACUGGUGACUUUUCCAGCUUUAACAAUGCGUGGAAUAAUUUGGAAACCUACAUCAUCCCUACUUUCCAACCCACUUUGGGAUCCUACAACCCAGGUAAACCAGCAACGUACGCCGAUGAGCUUGACGACCCCAGCAGAUAUCCUGCUCCCAUACAAACUGGGGUACCUGUGGGACAAGAUCCUAUAUACCAAGAGCUGAAAAACGCAUAUGGUACUGACUCUAUUUAUAGUAUGCAUUGGCUUUUGGAUGUCGACAACAAAUAUGGAUUCGGUGAUGCGCAAGGUCAAUGCGAACAGGGACCGUCCGAAAAUGGACCAUCUCUGAUCAACACUUUCCAAAGAGGACCUUUGGAAUCUGUGUGGAGAACCAUUCCGCAACCAACUUGUGAUAACUUCAAAUAUGGAGGCAGAAACGGUUUCCUAGACUUGUUUGUUGGCGACAACAGUUACACCAGACAAUGGAAAUACACUGCUGCUCCUGACGCGGACGCUCGUGCCAUUCAAGCCGUAUACUGGGCUAUCCAGUGGGCUAAAGAGAAGGGUGUAGAGAACACUAUUUCCCAAACAGUAUCCAAAGCCUCCAAAAUGGGUGACUAUUUGAGAUACACUAUGUUCGAUAAAUACUUCAAGAAGAUCGGAAACUGUGUGGGACCAUACAACUGCGGUGGUGGUUAUGGAAAAGAAAGCGCUCAUUACCUUAUCAACUGGUACUACGCCUGGGGAGGAGCUAUGCCAGAUGCAGGCUGGUGGUCCUGGAUCAUUGGAGAUAGUGCCGCUCACUUCGGUUACCAAAACCCAAUGACUGCCUACGCUCUAUCUACAGUGGACGAAUUGAAACCUAAAGGUGCUACCGCGGUACAAGACUGGGCCACUUCACUCCAGAGGCAAUUGGAAUUGUACAAGUACUUGCAAACCGAAGAGGGUGCAUUCGCCGGUGGUGUCACCAACUCCUGGAACGGUCGUUACGAUACACCUACCAGCAAUUUAACUUCUGACACAUUCCACGGCAUGUUCUACGAUUGGGAACCUGUCUAUCAUGACCCACCAUCCAACAGAUGGUACGGUAUGCAAGCUUGGUCUACUGACCGUCUUGCCCAAUACUACUAUGUUAGCAAAGACAGCACUGUCCUACCUAUCUUACAAAAAUGGGUUUCUUGGGUACUUUCCGUUGUCAAACUAGAAAACGGAGAUUUUCAAAUGCCCGAUCAUCUCACCUGGAAAGGUGUACCACCAGAAAUCAGCGUUAACGUCGGCACCUACACACACGAAAUUGGUACAGCCUCAGCUACUGCUAGGACUCUUGCUUACUAUGCCGCCGCCACAGGUGAUAGUGCCGCCAAGGCUGCCGCCAAGGCUGCCGCCAAAGGUUUAUUGGAUGCUCUCUACUCCCACUCUUCUGAUAAAGGAAUCACUAUUCCUGAAGUACCCGACCAAUAUAAACGCUUCAAAGAACCGGUUUACGUACCACCUGGGUGGACCGGUGUCUACCCAUACGGUGAUGUCAUCGACUCUUCUGCAACCUUCAUAGGAAUCCGUUCUUGGUUUAAGCAAGAUCCACAAUGGAGCAAGAUUGAAAGUAUCAUGGCAGGUGGUGAGAUUCCUGAAUUUGAAUUCCACAGAUUCUGGGCCCAAGCUGAUGUCGCCAUUGCUUUUGGUACCUACGCUAUUUUGUUCAACGAAUAGAUUAAUUAAUAACUAAUGUGAAUAAAGAUCUUAAUAAUUUUUAUUUUUUGUUCUUUGCUGCCGCGUCUGUAGGUGAUUAUAUCAGAAUAUACAUUAGAUUAUCCUCAA